CACACAAACACAGCGAGGGGGGGGGGAGGGUGAGAAAGAGAGAGAGAGGGAGAGAGACUCCCCGGCUCCCUCCCUCCCUCGCACACAGCGACUGGAGACGGACCCGGAGCAACGCGCUGGGAAGAGCAGAGACCACCGACAACAGCCCCGCGCUCUCCCACACACGCUCACACUCGGCGCUUUCCUCUCCACCCCCACCUCCUCCUCCUUCCACCCCCUCCACUAACACCAUCUCCUCCUCCUCUCUGCAACAAGAAAAAAAAAGCCAUUUACAGGGGGUGAUGUGCAACUAAUUAAAGGCAGACUGGCAGCGUCUGCAAAUUCUAAGGCUCCCCAAAUAAAAAGAGACUGUUGUAACAGUUGGAGGAUAAUGCAAAGGAAGACGCUGCCUGGGAAUUCACCGUCUGUGGACAUGCGCCCCAGAGAGGACUAAAGCAGCCCUCACCUUGCUCUCCCCACCCGGAUCCCCCUUUCCUGCCCGGCCCGGCCGGUACCCCGACCCCACCAUCACCCGCUUCCCUCCCCCCCACCUCUCCCCCUUUCCCACCCAGGUGUCGGACCAGGCGGUCCCCACUUCCACCCUGCACCCCUUCUUCCCCCCCUGCACCAUGAACACCAAUGUCUGCGUGGAGCCCGGGCCGAGCCCGGAGGCCCCGGGCUUGCCCAAGGAAAGCCACCUGCCCGAGGGGGCCCUGAACAGCCUUGUGGAUUACAACUCGGAGAUGGAGCGUUACCGCUCCUUUGCCACCUCCUUCUACAAGACCAACGGGGGCGCCUUCCCGCAGGCUGCCAAGAUCGCGCGCAUCACCACCCCCAUCUUCCCCAGCAGCGCCGCCGCCGCUGCGGCCGCCGCGCGCAUCGGCAUGUCCCCGUGGAACUGCGACAACGCGGCCACCGCCGCCGCCACCGCGAUGCUCUGGGGCAGCGGAGGCAGCGGCGGGGGCGGCGGGGGCGGGGGUGGGGGCGGCGGGGCCGGCAGGAAAUCCUCCUCGGCCGCCGCCUCCUCCUCCGCCUCCUCCUCGGCGAUCCUCCCCACCGCCGGCGGUGGCGGCGGUGGUGGUGGUGGUGGUGGCGGCGGCGGUGGCGGCGGCGGCGGCGGCAGGACCAGCAUGCACCACCGGAACGACUCCCAGCGGCUGGGGAAGGCUGGCUGUCCGCCAGAGCCGUCGUUGCAAAUGGCAAAUACUAAUUUCCUCUCCACCUUAUCCCCCGAACACUGCAGACCUUUGGCGGGGGAAUGCAUGAACAAGCUCAAAUGCGGCGCUGCUGAAGCAGAGAUAAUGAAUCUCCCCGAGCGGGUGGGGACUUUUUCCGCUAUCCCGGCUUUAGGGGGCAUCUCAUUACCUCCAGGGGUCAUCGUCAUGACAGCCCUUCACUCCCCCGCAGCAGCCUCAGCAGCCGUCACAGACAGUGCGUUUCAAAUUGCCAAUCUGGCAGACUGCCCGCAGAAUCAUUCCUCCUCCUCCUCUACCUCCUCGGGGGGAGCUGGCGGAGCCAACCCGGCCAAGAAGAAGAGGAAAAGGUGUGGGGUCUGCGUGCCCUGCAAGAGGCUCAUCAACUGUGGCGUCUGCAGCAGUUGCAGGAACCGCAAAACGGGACACCAGAUCUGCAAAUUUAGAAAAUGUGAAGAGCUAAAGAAAAAACCUGGCACUUCGCUAGAGAGAACACCUGUUCCCAGCGCUGAAGCAUUCCGGUGGUUCUUUUAAAGCAGUAGUGUAUCUUAUUUUCAAGGCAUUUGGAAACGAAGGGCAAACUAAUGUCUUGUUUUAAGAAACCACUUAGUCCACCAUUGAAGAAAAUAUCCAGAAAUUAUUUUCAUUUUAUGUAUAGGGAUUUCUUCAAAAAACAAGAGGAAAAGAAAAGAAAAAAAGACAUAAAAUUAACAGGGAAGCUUGGGGAAUUGGCCAGUCUAUUUACUUUCAAUACACUGAUUCUUCCUUUGAUGUAAUUCAGCUAUACUAGUGAAGUUGUUGUCUAUUUUGAAAGUGGCUGUAAAAAGAAAAAAAUAAGUUUGGGUAACCCCCGACUGUAAAAUCAUGUAUCUUUGCAAAGUACAUAUCUAUACUUCAUUUUCAAAUAUAUGUGAUUCAGUACUGUAAACUGUACAGAUAGCAGCUUGUAUUUUGUGUGUUUAGACACAAGGAGACAAUCAUGUCUGAGCAUCUAUGGAGAUUAACAGUUUGUACACAACAAUAUGGUUCUGCAAGUUAAAUCUGGAGCAAUAAAUUUUAGCUUUAAAUAUAUUUGCCAGUGGUUUGUAGAAGCAGUGGCAACACUGGUGGUAAUUCAUGCAUCUUUCUGUAGAGACUCGGUGGCCGGUUUUACAAGACUAAGAGAUAACGCUGCAUCCAGCAGUUACCUUCAAAUGUGUCAAUGUAAGAGGGAAAGCUACUGUGAAGGUUUCAAUGAAUCUUUUGAGCACUAUAUUAGAGUAGUGGUUAUGCACUUGCGUUGCUUACAAACGAGCUGUACAGAGGGUAUACCCCCAAAUACUUAGUGUAGUUGACUUGUUUGGGUUGCACUGCAAGGGGAGUACUCAGAAUAGUUGGGAAAUGCAGAAUCAGUUGUAUAAAUUUUUUAAUAAAAAAAUUGUUUCCUAGGCCGAAACAGAUCAUAGAAAGAGACAGUCAUGCCUGACAAUUUUUUUUUUCCUAGCCACGCACAGGCUGUCCAAGCUUUUUGGUUAUUUGUUUAUUCUUUUGCUUUGGGGAGGGGUAGGAAAGAUAAAAACAGAAGGGUCUUCAAAUGUUUUAAUUCCAUGUAUGGCAUUGAAUGGGCAGGUUGGAAACAAUCCUUGAAUGCAUCAAAGCCUGCUUUAAGGCAUGGCUGGGCAUAUUUUCAAGUUAAAAUUAAUUAAAGACAUUCAUUAAAGUGAGGUGGUUUUUUGUUUCUUUAUCUUCCUUUCCAUAGCCUCUCAGUUGGAUGAGUGUUCUUCCCCGGCCUCUCUGAGGAACACCCAUUGCUUCCAUUCCCCUUCUUAUCCCAGGAUGCUUUCUUUCCAUAAAGCAAGGCCACAGUGAGAGGAAUUUCAUAAAAGACGAGACAGUUGACCCCCAAGAUGCUUAGAACCCAGGAGCCUCAUCCUGUAAGAUUGGAUUUUCCUAGGACAGUUGUAUUUCUUAAAGGAUGCCUAUCCCAUUAAAACAAAUACUUUAAUUUUUUUUAAAAAAAUUAGACUGUAAGGAUCAGUUUCAGGAAUAAAACAUAGUUUAGUAAAACACACAUAGAAUAGCAAAGUUGCCAUAUUCUCACAUCUUUGUUCUAUCUGCCUGUCAAACUGGUGAGUGAGAAGGAAAACAGAAAGGUGGUGGUAGAGCAGCGAGGACUUCAAAGUGUAAUGUGCUCCGAAAUCUUUUAGUUUUGAAUAGGAAAUAAGAUUACAAUUUUUUUCUAAAGGCGGGUCAAGUACAGCGUCACUGGGGCACCUUGAUGAGGGCAGAGUGGGUUUGUAUGACGCCAGUGUGGGAUGAAUUACCUAGCUAGCGUACCAACGCCUAGUCUGCAGUAUGGUCAAGCAAUCUCUGUGAGGAAAAUGCAGUAUGUGUUAUACCCGCCUGUGUUUGGAGAAAGGAAUGGAAUCAUCAGAAGCUAAAAUGGACUGUAUAUUUCUUUUGAGAUAGCUUUCUACUCCAUGUGUAUUCCUUAGAGGGUUGGUGGUUAUCAUUUCUGCUUCUGCUGUAGGACCAAUGAAUGCUGUGUGAGUUCUUCAUUGUCCCAUUGUUUCUUUUCUUCUCUCUCUCUCUCCCUCGGUAUUUACAAUUUUUAUUUUACUUUACUCUUAUUUUUGCCAAUGUGUUAACUAUGAGUAUGUGGAAACUUACUUUCACUCUUGAAUGGGAAGCUUCCCUUGCAUUUGUAAAAAAAAAAAAAAUGAUUACAAAUGAAACAAAGUUCUUUUCAGAUGUAUUAGGCAUACAAUAGGGACCUCAUAGCAACAUAUGGACAGUCAAAAACUCAAGAUGGUAUUGCAUGUCUUGAUGUAUUCUGGUUUUUAGACUUUUGUGUUUUGUUUUUUUAAGACAGUGAAUAUGUGUAUUGUGAAUGCGUGUUUCAUAUGGCAGUUCAUUUAUUUUUAAUGAAAGGAAUGUGUUACUAUAAUGAGCAGUGUGGCCUUUUUCUUUAAUUCUUACAUUUUGUUAUUUACGGUAAUUUCUUUUAUGCCACAUACUUUUUAUAUUUCCCCUUAAGCUCAGUUUACAAAAUGUAGGGUACAUACACAGUUCUCACUGGUGAUGGUAGAGGAAGUAUUCUAGAUUCCCUCUAGUUCUCUUUCUCAAGUGUCAGUGUACAGACAACUUGUAGCCUUAGGGCAGUGACUAAAAGGUAUGCAUCUUCCUUAUUCCAAAAUAUAAAUGAAACAUAACCUUUAACAGUUGCUCACUCUAUGUUUCAUUCUUCAUAUCAAGGAAAUUUAGAAAUUAGCCAUCAGAUUGUAGGUUGUCUAUAUACAACUUAAAAAUCACACCUCAGAUAUUGCUAAGGUUAUUAGAGAAAUUCACAAACACUUGAGUUCAGUCAUCAGUGGAUGUCUUGUCCUGGCAGCAUUUGAGAGAAGCACAGGAGAAUAUAUGGGCUAUAUAUACCCACUGUACUAAAUAAAUGUUCCUCUUAGCUAGCCCUCAGCACUCUGGGAAUAUUGUAACACAGAGAUGCCUUCUCUGACCUUCAGACUAAGGUGAGUUUCUUUCUAGUGGCCUCCAUCUGUCCUCAUACAAGCAGAGGCAUGCUCACAAAGUAGAACCGAAUCCAUCCAUGGGACACAAAUAGAAUCAUCGUCCUCCUAAGACAUGCAGAUAUAAGAAGUCUCCUGGUUGCUUAAGCCCCAACCUUCAGUUUCCUUCUGAGCGAUCUCAGGGUGUGGAAGACAGUGGGCUUGCCAUGACUUAAUAUUAAGUAAUCACUAAAAGAAAGAAACGUUCCAUCCCUUGUCAGAACCACUGGCAUGGACGUUGUGCAAUUAGUGCUAAAGCACAGAAAGCCUUGAAGCUGAUAGUAUCAGCAAUCAAAGAAUGAAAAGAGGGGCACAGUUAAAUGAAUGCAUGAUUCGGGGUCAAAUAUGUUGGGCAGAGAGCUGUAGUGGAUCUUUGAUCAUGGUGAGGUUCACAGCAAUAGCAAACAGUUGGUUCCAUGUAGCAGAUAAACGUUUCAGAUUUUGCUUUUAUUCCAUUUGGCGUUUCACACUGAGAUCUGUAUUCCUAGUGAAUGGAGCACAGCUACUGUGUUCCGAGGGAUCCCAUUUCACGAUGGCCAAAUAGAUAUUUCAGGACGUGGGUCUCAAAAUGUACUCCUUUUCCGGUGUCCUCCCAUUCCCAACUGUGCAGUUAUCGGUUACAUUUUCUAAUAGAUAUUUGUGUAAAGGUGUAUGUAAGCGUGUGCAGUUAUUUAAAAAAGCAGUUUUGGAAAACAGUGUAUUUAUUGAAGAAAAAACCACUUAUGGGGCAUGUACAAAACUGUAAAAAAAAAUUAAAAAUCACUUCAAUUUGCCCAGUAAAGUUGUUUUUGUGAAAUUUCUGUGUUGUUAAAUAAAGGA